AUGGGGAUCCCAUCGGCCAAAAUCCAAGAAAUUAACAGAGACAAUGACCAAGAACAUAACUAUGAAGAGGAUAUUACCUCAUUUUCUACAUGUUUUCCCAGCACACAGAACUCGGCAUUUCAUCAUGAAAGUGGGCAGACACACAGGCAGGGUGCAGGAGGGACUGAGGCGAAUGAGACAGCAAAGGAAGAAAAAGAGAAUGAAUCAGGCACGGAGGCCGAGCACACCCUGCCAGAGGUUGGCAGCGGGAGCUCUGAGAACCAGUAUGAUGACUUGUAUAUGUUCAUUCCUGGAGACAAUCCAGAAAGUAACCCACAAGAGUCACUCAUGAGCAUCAGACCACCUCUUCCCCCACCGCGACCUGUAGCUGCUGCCUUCCAACUAGAAAAACCUCAUUUCACUUUGCAAGCACAAAAGAUGUUGGAAGGCCAAAUGGAAAGAAGUCAAAAUUGGUGUGAUGCUGGUGCAAGACAAGAACCAGGAGGUGAAUCCAAAGGAGAGGAAGAAAAAACAGAAGAUGAAAGGGAGCAGGAGGAGGAGGAAGACCCGUACACGUUUACUGAGGUCGAUGACAAUGACUAUGACAUGAUACUGGCCCAUAUGAGUACAAAGAAAAAACUUGGAGGUCGGUCUUUCAUUAUAAACAGACCUCCUGCCCCCACACCUCGACCUACAAAUAUCCCUCAGAAAGAGGAAACCACACCUUACAUAGCUCAAGUGUUUCAACAAAAGGCAACCGGAAGACAAUCUGAUGGUGACAAAUUCCAUGGUACUAAGAAACAAGACAGAGGUCGGAUGGAGAAUCCAUCUUUUUCCAUUAUGAAGAGCUGCCUGGCUGCUGGGCAGGAAGAGCUCAUCCUCCUGCAGGAGAAAGUAAAGAAUGGGAAACUAUCUGUGGACCAAGCCCUGGAGAAAUUUAAACACUGGCAGAUGGGAAAGACUGGCCUGGAAAUGUUUCAGCAGGAGAAACUACGUCAACUACGAGAUUGUAUUAUUGGGAAAAGACCCGACGAAGAAAAUGUCUAUGAUAAUCUCACCAUUGUGCACCAUCCAGAUGGUAAUGAAAGUGUCCACAGUGAAAGCAUGUUAUAUAGCAUACCCUUUGGCAAUAAGCUUCCUCCUCGGCCCCAAGUUGAAAAGGAAUUUGGUCUCUGUUACAGAAAAGAUCACUAAGGGUAUUUUAAAGAAACAAGAAUCUGCAGACACUGCUUUCUGGGUGAAGCAAGCUUGCAUUUGGAUCGCCUGCUGUCUUCAGGGCAAAUCUAUAUAUUAUGGAAGCAAAAGUAAUCCUCUGGAUUUCAGGUUUUGUUACUGCCACAAUUUAUUGGCAUUGUGCGUGCUUCAGAUGGCUGUAUGAAGACUACAAUUGGAUGCCAUAGAGCAAUUGCAUUCUUUGAAAAUUCUUGCAUUUUAUUAUGUACUUGCCACUGAAGCAGCUAGUUUCCAUUUUAAAAAAUUAAAGGAAAACAAGAGCAGAGAAGUUAAAUGCUCUACAGUAAGGUUAUCGGGCCUGUUUGUGGAACUCCUUAAUAAAUUACUCCUCCUGUCCUUAGAAUAACAUGAAAAUACAAAUUUUUUUAGUACCUAUUGCUUAUAAGUGGCUGGUCCAUUUUCUGAAUUUCUCAUAUUCAAAACUAUAAUUAUUAUUGUCACAUCAUGUUUUCAGAUAGAUACCUUCCCUUAUUUAGUGCUUAUUUGCAUAUAACCCUGAGAAUAUUAUUUUUCUAACUUUCUGUCUUAUAUUAGUACACAUUUCUACAAUCUCUAUUCCUUAUUAAAAGGCUUACAGUUUCAUCAACUUAUUUCUAAGACACAAUUUACUAACUUAGAAUACAAAGCAGUUUUUUCUAUGAUUUCCAUGAAAAAUUGCUGCAAAUAAAAUG